AUGCUUUCUGAAAACAGUCAUGAUAUUGACGAAUAUGAGCAGUCAAUCAUAGAAGGUUGCUUGGAGAUGGAAGCAGAACUGGGGUUUCUGCAACGAGGGGAAGUACAGCAGCCGGAUGCCGACGAAGCAGGUCACGUGCAAAGGCUGGUUGAGACGUUGCGCACAGCUGCCUCCGAACAUGAAGCGAUGCAAAGGAUCCCGCCGCCAUGGGAUUGGGAUCCCUCCUCGCAUGCCUUCCCUGGUCAAACCCCAAAGCGCAAAGAGCACACUAUGCAUGGGUUUCAAAGUGCUGUUCGUCUUGAAGACGAUGGAAGGAGAGCAACCGUUCAACCUUCGUCAUCGUUUCCCGGUCAUGGUCUAUUGGAUGCAACCCAUGCAUUGGAUCCGGAAGCGUGGUUAGAUGAAGUUCCACAGAUAAUCAACGAUCCUGACGAGUAUGGAGGGGGCAAUGUGUUGCCUUCCGUUGUUGACGAAUCGAAAGGUGGACAGGGUGGACAGCUAUCGACUCCGCAUGUGACAAAGGAUGUCCCCAAGAGAAAAAACAUGCAGGACAGUGGAUCGGAUAUCGUGAACCACCCAUACGUGCGGUUACCAGUGCUGGCAAGAGGUGUGGUUAUUAGACCUAUCAAGGUGGAGAACCUUCUUAUUUCAUACAACAGCAAGCUGCGUCUUGAUUGCUCCCUGGACCAGUUGCGAAGGUUGUUUGCACUGAGAGAACUCGACCAGGAAGCCGUGAACGAGCUCGUAACCGCGACAGAAGGGCUAGUAGGUGCAGUGUCGUAUCAUGCUAAGAAAAGUCUCCGGAACAAUCGACCCGUUUAUGCCGCUGAAGCCACUGGAUACAACUUUUUAGCAUUUGACGCGCUCGUGUGUGCCAUCCAACUUUUGGGGGACUAUAUGAAUCUUCCGUUGUGGUGGGAAGGAUUCGUAGCUAUUUUUAAUCGUGAUCCUUUUUCAAAGAUGGAACCAUUAAAGAGGAGAACGGGAGGGAUGUACAGGACGCUUAUAGUACGCCUGCUUGAAGCCCUGGAUAUCUACAAAACUGGAAAACGCCCAAGCCUUGAGGAAGUAAUUGCGAUUAAAGAUAUUUUGUUUUGUUCUCCAAGGGCUCCUAAGGCCUUCAAGGAUCCUAAAUGGGACCCUUGGCUGCAACCUGGUGUGUUCAGGGUUUUGACGCACAGUGGAUCUUCUCAUUUGGAUGUCUUUCUUGUGAUCAUUCGCGUUGUUCUGGACAGUGCUGAGUGUACAGAAAGGAAGCACAGGAUCAUUACGUUGAUCAUUUGCGGUGUCCCGUGCAGCGUUAUUGUGUACAACGUUGCGCUCUGCGAGGCAAACUGA